AGUGGACGACGUGUCGUUAGUAUUACAUAUCUCAUAGAGGCCGGAGCUUUCUGGGUUUAGUCAGUGACUGAGAUUGAAGCUCUGUAGGAGUCUAGGGUUUAGUUUCGCGAUGGAGGACCCGAAAGAUGACCCGGCCGUGUUUCUGGAUCGCACCUCACGCGCCACCAGAGGGAAGAGGAUGACGAAGUUACUGGAUGAAGAAAUCGAAGAGGACGAGACGUUCUGGAAUCAAGAGGCUCUUAAAGAUGAGGAAGAAGAUGAUAACUAUGAAGCAGAGCCUGAAGUUGCUGAUGUGUUUGAUAGCGAUUUCGAUGAAGAUGAGCCUGACCCGGACGAAGGCGCAGAAGACAAUGAGGGAGAGGAAAGACGGACGAAGAAGCGGUUGAAAUUUCCGGGGAAGCAGCCAAGCAAGAAGAAGAAGAUAAAAGUGCUUUCGAAGAUAGAAGACAGCUCCAAGAAUGAAAAGCCGAAAUCUUCUUCUAAAACUGAACAGCAUCAUCAUGAUGCUCCUGAGGAUGGGGAAGGGGAGAGAAGUGUGAGGAAAUCUACGAGAACUGCAGUGGUUGUUAGGCAAGCUGAGAGAGAGGCAAAUCGUGCUGCUUUGCAAGCAACCAUGAGGCCGAUAAAGAGAAAAAAGGAAGGCGAAGAGAAGAGGAUGAGCCAGGAAGAGAUGCUUCUGGAAGCUGCUCAAACAGAAAUUAUCAACUUGAGGAAUUUGGAACGUGUUCUAGCAAGGGAGGAAGAAGUUAAGAAGCGAGCAAUUGUGCAUAAGGCUGUCUAUACUGGUCCACAACUACGUUAUUUUUCAAAAGAUGGUAACUCAUAUCUGGAAUUCAGCAGAGGGUUAUCGUUCCAUUCUGAUCUCUCUACAACAUCUGCUCCCUAUCCUGAGAAAGCUGUCUGUGCAGUUACUGGCUUACCUGCCAAGUACCGCGAUCCAAAGACAGGGCUACCUUAUGCAACAAAGGAAGCUUUUAAAAUUAUUCGGCAGCGCUUUCUACAAGAGAGUGGUGCAGUUAGGAAAGAGAUGGACCUGGGUGAUUUGUAUGAUUCAAUUUCUGGGAAAGGUUUUUCAGCAAGGCAGAAGAGAUCGGUGGUGUCAAAUAAAAGUGAGGUGUCAUAUCCUCGAUACUUUGCACGUUUCCGCAGGGCUCCAGCUCUUGAAAGUGUAUCCUCUGAAGAGUGAUGUUGAAUCUGAGACUGCACGUUCUCAAAGUUCUUAAUGUAGGAUCCUUUAGAAAAUGUUUUUCCGCCUAAUUGGCUAUGUGCAAGGCAAGAAGAAGUCUCUAUGAAGAAGGCUUGCGGACUAGAAUCACAAGUUAUUUGUAAUAGGGUGGCAUGGCUAGAGACUUAUAAAUGCUUCUGAGCGCUCUUGUCUAACUAUGAUGAGGAGCCGGUGACUUGCAACGGGAAGCAUUCAAAUGCUUAUUCUGAGUUGGUGUUCACCUCAAAUAAAAAAGAGAGUUGGUCUUCAGAAAGCAUGGGUGUUGGUUAGCUGAAUCCUUCUAGCCAGUACGUUUUGUAUCUGAAAGUAAUCGCCAGAUGUUUAGUAAAUUUUGUUGCUGAUAUGUGCUAUUUUAUCCAGUUUUGGCUCUGUAUACAUAUAGUUUGGUUAACAAACAGAAACUUUAUGAUUAUUCAUUUAAUGAAUCGUUCCAAGCAACGAUUGCAGGA